CCUUCCCUCUCUAUUCCCAAAUCCCAAGCUCAAUUGUCCGACCAUUUCAGCUUCAUCGUCGACAUUUUGACUCGCUCUCUCAAGCUCAAAAAAUGGAGCAACAAAUCACAAGGCGCACCCAAGUCCUCACCAACCACCUCCUCCUCCACGGUGAACCCACCUCACUCUCAGUUGCACCACCUCUUUCCUCCAACUCUUGCCUCAACUACUCUCCUCCUGACCUUAACGAGCCAUUCUCUUUUAACCCCACCGACAUGCGUGUAUACCUCGACUCUCACAAUAUCCCUGAUCGUGAUUGGCUCUUUGGCCUUAUGAUCCAGAGUCGGCUUUUCAAUCCCAAACAACGUGGACACAAAGUGUUUGUCUCUCCUGACUAUAACCAGCCCAUGGAGCAGCAGCGAGAGACGACCAUGAAGCGGAUUUGGUAUUUGUUGGAAAAGGGUGUCUUUCAAGGUUGGCUUACGGAAAGAAAUCCAGAUGCUGAGUUGAGGAAGUUCGCGCUUUUGGAGGUUGUUGGAAUUUUCGAUCACUCCCUCGCCAUUAAGCUUGGAGUUCAUUUCUUUUUGUGGGGUAGUGCCAUCCAAUUUUUUGGCACAAAACGACAUCAUGACAAGUGGCUGAGGGACACUGAAAAUUAUGUGGUCAAGGGUUGCUUUGCAAUGACUGAGUUAGGCCAUGGGAGUAAUGUUCGAGGGAUUGAAACAGUCACCACUUAUGAUUCUAACACUGGAGAAUUUGUCAUUAACACUCCCUGUGAAUCUGCCCAGAAGUAUUGGAUUGGAGGAGCAGCUAAUCAUGCGACACACACUAUAGUCUUUUCCCAGCUCAACAUAAAUGGGGAAAAUCAAGGAGUCCAUGCAUUAAUUGCCCAAAUCAGGGAUGCAGAUGGCAACGUCUGUCCAAACAUCCGAAUAGCUGAUUGUGGUCAUAAAAUUGGUUUAAAUGGUGUUGACAAUGGUCAAAUCUGGUUUGACAAUGUGCGAAUCCCCAGAGAGAACUUAUUGAAUUCAGUAGCUGAUGUUUCACCAGAUGGGCAAUAUCUAAGUGCAAUAAAAGACCCGGAUCAGAGAUUUGCAGCAUUCUUGGCCCCUUUGACAUCUGGCCGUAUAACUAUUUCAGCCAGUGCAAUUUACGCGUCAAAGAUUGGCUUAGCGAUUGCCAUAAGGUACUCACUGACAAGGCGGGCCUUUUCUGUCACACCAAAUGGGCCUGAAGUCCUUUUGCUUGAUUACCCGAGCCAUCAACGGCGACUGUUGCCUCUGCUUGCAAAGACAUACGCUAUGAGUUUUGCUGGAAAUUAUUUGAAACAGAUAUAUGUGAAGAGAACACCUGAGUCAAACAAAAUCAUACAUGUUCUUUCAAGUGCAUUCAAGGCUACUUUCACGUGGCAUAAUAUGAGAAACCUUCAGGAAUGUCGUGAAGCUUGUGGAGGACAAGGUCUGAAGACUGAAAAUCUUGUUGGUCAUCUGAAAGGUGAAUAUGAUGUGCAGUCCACUUUUGAGGGGGACAACAAUGUUCUGAUGCAGCAGGUCAGCAAGGCACUGCUUGCAGUAUAUAUAGCAGCUAAGAAGAAUAACAAACCAUUUAAAGGAUUUGGGUUAGAACACAUGAAUAAUCCUUGCCCUGUCAUCCCAUCUCAACUUACAAGCUCUACCCUUCGGUGCAGCAAAUUCCAAACUGAUGCAUUUUUCUUAAGAGAGCGGGAUCUACUGAAUCGUUUUGCUGCUGAAGUAUCUCAGUUUCAAGCACAGGGAGAAAGCAAAGAGUAUGCCUUCAUUUUGAGUUAUCAGCUUGCAGAAGACUUGGGCAGAGCUUAUUCAGAACGAGAGCUACUGCAAACCUUUAUACAGACUGAGGCAACUGUACCUGCAGGUUCAUUGAAGGAUGUAUUAGCUCUCUUGAGAUCCAUGUAUGCCUUGAUUUGCUUGGAAGAAGAUGCUGCUUUCCUCCGAUAUGGGUACUUGUCGAUGGACAACGCUGCUGCAGUGAGGAAAGAAGUGACAAAACUUUGCAGUGAACUACGGCCACAUGCACUUGCCUUGGUCACUUCCUUCGGCAUUCCUGAUGCUUUUCUGAGCCCUAUAGCUUUUAACUGGAUCGAUGCAAAUGCUUGGGCUUCAGUUUAGCAGUAGCUAGUCCUAGGCCUAGGCUAGGAGCCACAAUUCUCUCUCAUUUUUAGUUGAGACAAAACCGGUACUGCUUUUGGCUAUCUGCUAUGUCAAUAAGACAGCCUAAAAACAUUUAUUUCGUAAAAAAUAAAUAAUGUAAUAACGGACGAGCUUCUGUAUAACUAUUUAUUAAUAAAUUGUUUGGUCAUUCUAUACAAAGGCUAAAUGAGUUUGUCUAA